AUUAUCGACGAAUUUAACGUCCAGGCAUAUCGACAGCAGUUUUCACUUGUGUCGCAAGAACCUGGGUUCAAUACCGAAGUCGGUGGGAAGGGAUCCCAACUUUCGGGGGGUCAAAAACAACGUAUAGCAAUCGCUCGCGCACUGCUUCGGAAUCCAAAGGUUCUUCUGCUCGACGAAGCUACAUCAGCUCUUGAUUCAAACUCGGAGAAGGUCGUGCAAGAAGCUCUUGACAAAGCUGCUAGAGGUCGUACCACCAUUGCUAUCGCCCACCGCCUUUCGACCAUCCAGAACGCUGAUCGCAUAUAUUUCAUCAAGGAAGGCAGAGUGAGCGAAUCUGGAACCCACGAUGAGCUUCUUGCGCGGAGAGGAGAUUAUUACGAGUUCGUACAGCUGCAAGCACUCAGCAAGAAGUAGUGGAAAUUUAAUAACGCCCGAUGCCCCCACUUAUUAAUUAAUUACGAUCUCAUACGAAUCCCCUUCUAGAGCGAAUAAAUCAUUCCAGCUUUCUGGAGCCUUGAAAAAGACACAGGACUCGAAUGUUUGAGCGCCCGCGUCGUCAUCCUAAUUCAAUUCAAACACCAACUCUUGUGCCCAGAAGCUGUGUGCCUGUGCAUCAGGUGACAGGUCUGAGUGAUUUAACCGACCUCACUUUCCCAAUGAGUAAGGGAACCUGAAAGUUCGAAAGUUCUGUCCCACCCGUCCGGCCCGUCCCGUCUGUCCCGUCCGUUCCGUCCGUCCC